UCCCUUUCUUCCCUUGCUUCCCGUCGCGUUGUUCAACGUUCAAACCGUCCCUUUGUCGCCCAGUCGCCAUUGACGACCACCUCCACCUCCCCCACCCUUAAAUUCCUCCUCUCCCCGCGUCCUCCUCCCAUUCCACGCCUCAUUCCCUCCAGCUUCACCGAAUCAGCAACGCGCCUGGAAGAUCUCCAAGACACCAUCUUUGAAUCCCGGAACCGCGUCCAAAAAAAAAAAAAAAAACAAGGGCCGGAGCCAGGAAUCCGAGCAACGAGCCUGCGGGUCAAGAAAUCCAAGAAUUUCCUCGAAGAAUCUCGAGGCAAGAGUCCGGUGGGAUUAGGGAGUGGGCCGGUCAAGAUGGUGAGGCUGCCGUACACGACGGCGCUGACGACGCUGUUCAGCUACGGGCUGCUCUUUGCGUUCGGCCAGCUCAGGGAUUUCUUCCGCAAGCUCGUCGACUGGUUCAAGGCCAAGAACGUCAAGGGGUACGCGCCGAUCUGCCUGGGCCUGGAGGAUUUCUACGUGCGCCGGCUUUACCUGCGGAUCCAGGACUGCUUUGGCAGACCGAUUGCUAGUGCACCAGAUUCUUGGUUUGAUGUUGUUGAGCGCUACUCAAAUGACAAUAACAAGACAUUACAACGGACCUCGAAUACCACUAGAUGCCUCAACCUAGGAUCCUACAACUACCUUGGAUUUGCUGCUGCAGAUGAGUACUGCACUCCACGUGUUAUUGAGUCUCUCAAGAAAUACUCACCAAGCACCUGCAGUGUUCGUGUUGAUGGAGGCACAACCAAACUUCACACCGAGCUGGAGGAGUUAGCUGCACGCUUUGUUGGAAAGCCUGCAGCUAUUCUAUUUGGCAUGGGUUAUGUUACAAACUCCGCUAUCAUUCCCUGCCUAAUUGGAAAGGGGGGGCUGAUAAUUAGUGACUCACUGAACCAUAAUUCAAUUGUCAAUGGCGCAAGAGGAUCUGGUGCAACUGUGCGGGUUUUCCAGCAUAACUCCCCUGCCCAUUUGGAAGAUGUCCUGAGAGAGCAGAUAGCAGGUGGUCAGCCAAGGACACACAGACCAUGGAAGAAGAUCAUUGUCAUUGUUGAGGGUAUCUACAGCAUGGAAGGGGAGCUGUGCAAACUCCCUGAGAUUAUAGCUGUCUGCAAGAAAUACAAGGCUUACACAUAUCUGGAUGAGGCCCAUAGCAUCGGUGCUGUUGGGCAGUCUGGACGAGGUGUUUGUGAGCUCCUAGGGGUUGACCCAGCUGAUGUAGAUAUAAUGAUGGGUACUUUCACAAAGUCUUUUGGAUCAUGUGGUGGAUAUAUUGCUGCAUCAAAGGAGAUAAUUCAGCACCUGAAGCAUAGUUGCCCGGCCCAUCUCUAUGCUACUUCCAUGUCACCGCCAGCAGUGCAACAAGUUAUUUCUGCAAUUAAAGUGAUCCUUGGAGAGGAUGGCUCCAACAGAGGUGCCCAGAAACUUGCACGCAUCCGUGAGAACAGUAAUUUCUUCAGGUCCGAGCUCAAGAAGAUGGGUUUUGAGGUUCUUGGCGACAAUGAUUCUCCUGUUAUGCCUAUAAUGUUGUACAAUCCGGCUAAGAUCCCAGCAUUUUCUAGGGAGUGCCUUAGACAAAAGGUUGCUGUUGUUACUGUGGCAUUUCCUGCCACACCUCUCCUUCUUGCAAGAGCACGUAUCUGCAUUUCUGCUUCACACACCAGGGAGGACCUCAUGAAAGCACUUGAUGUUAUCAGCAGAGUUGGUGAUCUUGUGGGCAUCAAAUACUUCCCCACAGAACCACCAAAGAUUGCUGAAGCGGGUCAUCACAAGCUGGAGUAAGGAUGAACUCUGAUUUACCCCAUAAACGACUCUAGUUUUUGGAACCCCUAGUGGGGGAUUAUGAAAAAAAUCAUUAUUGAAACAAGCGCAUCUUGAGCAAUUUCAUAGCGUCAGUUUCAUAGCGUCGAUUUGGGAUUUUGUUGAUACAUGAGAAUCCAGAGUCCAUCUUGUUAGCUGACUGUUGUUUGUUGAUUGUACAACUAUCAUUCCAAAUGUGUAUAGCUGGUCCAAGUUCAGUUGUUUUAUUAACCCUUUCUUCUUAUCUAAUACAAGAUAGGUGCAAUAUAAUUUGUCAGAUAA